AUGUCACGCAGAACCGCCCGCAACGACCCGCCCCCAAGCUAUGCCGACUGGGACCCCGAGAUCCAUGAUCUCCCCACCGCGUCAAGCGACUACUUCACGUAUGCGCGCAAGCUCAGAAGCGAGGGAUACCAGUGGGCUUUCCAGACAGAGAUGAACUCGGCGCGCCCAGGAGGCAAGGUAAAGAUCGAGUGGAUCAGUCAUCCGGUCGUCGAAUGUAUCGAAAUUCGAAGAUCCGACUGUGAGGAGAUCUGUCGGGACCAGGCCGACCUCUUUGGUCUUAAAUACGUGAUGAUCCGCCAGGGUCCCCACGUAACCCGGAGCGUCAAUAUCAAUGGCAGACCAACGAUGGUGCUGAACCCAUACACCAAACGCCUUGUCCGACAGCAGCAACCCGCCGACCGACAUAUGACUGUUCUAAUGGGCCAUAACAUCGAAAACCUCCUCAUUGCCGGACAUAUUUACCUCACCUGGGAUGGCACUGAGAGAAGCACCAUUCACCUUAUGGCAGAUCCCCAGAACGAACGUAAGCACCUUGCUGAGGGCGAGCCUGCGGUGGCUGUCCAAUAUUGGGGCGUGGUGAGGGGCGAUGUUCCCCCCUUGAAACAAUUGCAGUAA